UGCGCUGAGCGCACGGAGGGCCGAGCGCGGGGCUCGCGGGCGGCGCGGGGAGUCGACCCCAUGGGGCUGGCGGGCACCGGGCGGAGCCUGCGGGCGCCGCCGCCGCUGCUGCUGCUGCUGCUCCUGCAGGUGGCCGGGCCGGCGGGCACCCUGGCUGAGACCCUGCUGGACGCGUCGAGGGCCAUGGGCGCCAGCUCCAGCCCGCCCAGCCCCGCGAGCGUGGUGGCUCCCGGAACGACGCCGUUCGAGGAGAGUCGCCUGCCAGUGUUCACCCUGGAUUACCCCCACGUGCAGAUCCCCUUCGAGAUCACCCUGUGGAUCCUGCUGGCGUCCCUGGCUAAGAUAGGCUUCCACCUGUAUCACAAGUUGCCCACAAUAGUGCCUGAGAGCUGCCUUCUUAUAAUGGUUGGCCUGCUGCUAGGAGGGAUUAUUUUUGGGGUCGACGAAAAGUCCCCCCCCGCAAUGAAGACUGAUGUGUUUUUCUUGUAUCUCCUGCCACCCAUCGUGCUCGACGCGGGCUAUUUCAUGCCCACUCGCCCGUUCUUUGAGAACAUUGGCACCAUUUUCUGGUAUGCUGUGGUAGGGACCCUUUGGAAUUCCAUUGGCAUUGGGGUGUCUUUGUAUGGUAUCUGCCAAAUUGAAGCCUUUGGCCUGAGUGACAUCACUCUGCUCCAGAAUCUGCUCUUUGGCAGCUUGAUCUCAGCUGUGGACCCAGUGGCUGUGCUCGCCGUCUUCGAGAACAUUCACGUCAACGAGCAGCUCUACAUCCUGGUCUUUGGAGAGUCCCUGCUAAAUGAUGCAGUGACAGUGGUCCUGUACAACUUGUUCAAGUCUUUUUGCCAGAUGAAAACCAUUGAGACCAUUGACGUGUUUGCUGGAAUUGCAAACUUCUUUGUUGUGGGAAUUGGUGGGGUGUUGAUUGGCAUCUUCCUGGGAUUUAUAGCGGCAUUUACUACUCGGUUCACGCAUAACAUCCGAGUGAUUGAGCCACUCUUUGUCUUCCUGUACAGUUAUUUGUCCUAUAUAACAGCCGAAAUGUUUCACCUCUCGGGUAUCAUGGCAAUCACUGCUUGUGCAAUGACUAUGAAUAAGUAUGUGGAAGAAAACGUAUCUCAGAAGUCGUACACCACCAUCAAGUAUUUCAUGAAGAUGCUGAGCAGCGUCAGUGAGACCCUGAUCUUCAUCUUCAUGGGCGUGUCCACCGUCGGGAAGAACCAUGAGUGGAACUGGGCCUUCGUGUGCUUCACUCUUGCCUUCUGUCUGAUCUGGCGAGCGCUGGGUGUCUUUGUCCUGACUCAGGUCAUUAACUGGUUCCGGACGAUUCCCCUGACCUUUAAGGAUCAGUUCAUCAUUGCCUAUGGAGGGCUCCGAGGUGCCAUCUGCUUUGCACUUGUGUUUCUCCUACCUGCUGCUGUGUUUCCCCGGAAAAAGCUGUUCAUUACAGCUGCCAUUGUUGUCAUAUUCUUUACUGUCUUCAUCCUGGGAAUUACCAUCCGACCAUUGGUGGAAUUUCUCGAUGUUAAGAGGUCCAAUAAGAAACAGCAAGCGGUCAGUGAAGAAAUCCAUUGCCGGUUUUUUGAUCAUGUGAAGACUGGGAUUGAAGAUGUUUGUGGACAUUGGGGUCACAACUUUUGGAGAGACAAGUUUAAGAAGUUCGAUGACAAAUACCUGCGGAAGCUUUUGAUUCGGGAAAACCAACCCAAGUCAAGCAUUGUGUCGUUAUAUAAAAAGCUGGAAAUAAAACAUGCCAUCGAGAUGGCGGAGACGGGGAUGAUAAGCGCGGUUCCUUCCUUUGCCUCUCUGAAUGAUUGUCGUGAAGAAAAAAUAAGGAAGCUCACACCUGGUGAAAUGGAUGAAAUUCGAGAAAUAUUAUCCAGAAAUCUCUAUCAAAUCCGUCAGCGAACUUUGUCCUACAACAGACACAAUCUGACAACUGACACAAGUGAGCGACAAGCCAAGGAGAUUCUAAUCAGACGGAGGCACAGUUUGCGAGAAAGUAUCAGGAAAGACAGCAGUUUAAACCAGGAUCGCAGGGCUUCCACUUCAACCUCUCGAUAUUUGUCCUUACCCAAAAACACAAAGCUUCCAGAAAAGCUACAAAAGAAAAAGAACAUGUCUAAUGCAGGCGGCAAUAGCAGCGACUCAGAGACAGACGCUGGGACCACCGUCCUCAAUUUGCAGCCCCGAGCAAGGCGCUUCUUGCCAGAACAGUUCUCAAAGAAAGCCCCACAGUCCUAUAAGAUGGAAUGGAAGAACGAGGUAGACGUUGAUUCCGGACAGGGGCAGCCUUGUACCCCUCCAGCUCCCCACAGCAAAGAGGGGGGCACCCCAAUCCCAGGCGUGCUGCGGCAGCCCCUUCUCUCCAAAGGCCAGUUUGGCCCAGUGCAGGAAGACCGUGGGACUGAAGGUGUCCGACCCAAGCCGCCACCCAGGCUGGUCCGGAGGGCAUCGGAACCUGGCAACCGGAAAGCCCGAUUUGGAAGUGAGAAGCCUUAAUGGAAAUGGCCAAAGCAGGCCUGGGGUGACUGACCCGGCAUGGCUGGGGCUUGUUACGCUGAAACCUGACACAACAGUGGGAUCCAUUUAAUACCCUCUAUGCAUCUAAAUACUUUCUUUGGGUAGUAGAGUCAUGCCAUUGAUUGACGGGAUGAAUGCUUAACCCAAGAGGAGGAAAAUCAAAGAAAAAAGCCCCAUAAAAUGCCUUUUAUGACUUCUCGCUAAGAGUUGUAUUCUUUGUAAGCCUAAAGAAAAAAAAUUGUGUGCCUUUAUUGAACUUGAAUGACAGAACUUGAAAUUUUGAACACACCCAUGUUGGUGAAAAUUUUAAUAUAUACAUACAUGCCUCAAAUUUUAUUUAUGGAAACCUAUGUAUAUCUGUAAUCAGUUUUUAAGCAAAGGGCGCUAAAAAUGCUCCACGUCUUUCCAAGGCGUAAAGGAGGAUGGUGGGCCAUCUGCUUGGAGUCAAGGUGUUUCCCCAUUCUGAGCUGAUCAGCAGUGGGUAAAGGGAGAACACAGCAUGGAGCAGGGAUGCCUGGUGAGCUCAGCCUGCGGAGGCAGUCAGAACGUCUGGGCAGAUGAGGAGGCCUGGCUCCCAGAGCGCAGAUUCCCGUGAAAUAAUGAGUCAUCUGGAUUUAAUUUGUUCCUCAUGCUACCGUACAUUUGAGGGUGACCGAGAGAUUCCAUCUCUCGUUUGUGUUUGGUGCAAAGAGAAAGGCUGUGUGGGAGACACGACGUAGGACAGACUCGGUGGCAGCUUUUGAUGAAGUUCCAACGUGUGGGCCUCAUGUUGUUAUGUGGGAAGACAAGGCUGCACCUGCUUACAACUUGUUGGCAGGUUUUAUAUUGUGCAAUACUGGAAGGAGGAUGCAGAAGAUUCCCUUUCAUGCCCAUCUAUGACUACCUGCUUUAGAAUUUUUCUGUAGAACAUUCUAGAACUUUGAAAACAGGUCAGAGGCUCCAAGCAGACAGUUUAUAUAAACAGUAUUCCAAUGUUUAACAAAUUGGUGAGAGUUCAGGUUUUGAAAUUUAUUCAGGAAGCACUUUGGAGAAUAUAGGAGUUCUAUUUUUGUUUUUUUUGCACUAGUCUGUAAUUUGUUACCUUUCCACCCUCAAUAAAGUAGUGACUCAAAUUCUUAAUAUAAAAAUGGAUUCUACUCAUAUGAGUACUUUUUAAAAGUACAGCAGAAAGUGGAAUAUAAUCAUUAAAGAUUAAUAUUUGAAUUUCCAUCUUAAACUGAGGUUUUAUUGGCUUUUCCCCUCCGCCCCCCCAAAAAAUCUCCUCUUUAAAACUGGACUGGAAUAAGACUCGAAAUGUCUGGGUUUAAAUGCAAAUGAGGCCAUGCAUAUAGGCCCCUGGGUGCACACUGGGGAUAUAGCAAAGGAUACAAAUGACCACAGUAUUGUUAGUGGGAAAACAUGAAUGAAUUAAACAGGAAGAUUCUGUACUCAGAAAUCCCCAGGGCUGCUUCUCUUAUCCCCUUCCUUUAUCCUCACUGAUGUGGAGAAAUAAAUCUACCCUUUCUCUCAUCUUCUACAGUCUUGGAAUACUGCUAGAUCAUUGGGCGUGAGGCAGAGGGAAAGGUAAACAUACAAGGUACAAGUUCAUGAAGAGCACAAUUUCCUUCCCAAAUUCUUCCACGUUGAUCAGUGGAGAUCAGGAUAGACACCAUUUGAAAACUGUAAGCUUAGGACUCUGUGCCAAAUACCUUAAUUUUACAUGAAAAUAUUUAUAUAAAAAUAUAUAUAUAUUUCAUCUGCUGAAAAGAAAUUGACUUUUAACUUAGAAUUUUAUUAUAGGAUAUAUAGUGAUCAAGAGAUGGGAUGUAUAUUUUUGAGAAUGCCAGGAGUAAAUUUUUAGAACUUAAUGAAAAGAAAGGUUAAAGUGGAAAAUGACCUUAAACAUAAAUUUCCUGAUUUUUCCUGGUGUCCUAGAAUAAUAAAUAUUAUAAUGAGUCUAAUUUUCCGGAACCAAAGGAGAAAACAUGAAAGUUUUUAUUAAAUUUCUUCUUGUUAAGCAGGUAGACCAAAUUCAGCUUGCACUGAUUAAAAGUCAAUAAUUUGGUUGACAUUGUGUAAAUUAAAAAAAAAAAAAAACAAAACACUUGUGUCAUCUUACCAGUUUAAUUUUUUCUUGUUGAAUGACAAAAGCAAUGAAAAAUAAAUUUGACUUCAUUUCGCUUUUUCUCUAUACUUUCUUUUCUUCAAAUAAAAUUAAGUUCUAGACACUAUAGGAGAGAAUAUGAAACCCUAUAAAUAUCAAAAGUCUAAAUUUUCUGUACUACAGACAUCUCCAACCCUUUGUAAAUGACUCCUCUAAUUCAAGCAAUACUUGAUCCAACCAGAGUUCCAGUGGGACUAUAGAAUUCUGAUGGGUCUUUGGUAUUUGUUGCAACAAAUUUGACUUGAACUACCUGUAAGUGCACAGUCUAGGCUUAUUUCUUUACCUGUAAUGCUAAGGGCUGACUGUUGGGAACAGGCCAGUUAGUAAACAACUAGAAAGUGGCUCCAAAGUUCGAAACUUUUAAAAACAUGUGCGUUUUGUGUAUAAGCCCCCAGAAUAUCUGGGAUGAAAUUCCCUUUGGCUUUUACUAAGCUUUGUAGUGGGGGAGGGGAGUGUUUACUUAUAUAAAGAGCAUAGAGAAGUUAUUUAUUACAUGUCUCAGUGUGUUUUCCAUUUGUCGUGCUGCCCAAAUCAUGUUUAUGUUAAAACUGGCAUUUUAUAAACAAGUGUGAGAACUGUAAUAUUUUGUUAGUUCAAAGUUCACACUUGACUUUCUUCUCUGAAGAGUGAUUAAAGAGAUUUGUCUGGUUGAAGUAGGUAUUGGCAUUAUCUGCCCAAGCCUGAACAUUGUAUGUUGAUUCCUUUUAAGAUGAACGAGAAACGCUCAGGACUCAACUGUCUGAUGAUCUGAGAUUUUGUAUGUGUGCGUGUGUGUGUGUGUCUGUCUAACUUUUAGAGCAAAACGUGUAGCUUGCUGGUACUUUGUAUCUGACAUCUUAACCAGGCCCUUUCUUCAAUCUACUUGUAAGGCAGAGAGAGCCCCAUCUGGGUAACUGCUGCCUGGCUGUGACCACAGCUCUUUGUUCAAGAGAAGGGACACCUCCCUUCAGAUUUUUUUCCAAUGUCAUUCAGUCCACACGUGGCUGACCCCCUCAAACAUGGUCACCCCCUGCAGAUGUGUGGACGAAGCACCCACAUGGUUAGUUUUGAACGUCUUCUUUAAUGUUGCAAUGGUACAUGGUUUUUGGAUCUCUUCUGUCUUCUUUCUACAAUUUUUUGAAAGAAAAUUCUAUUUUACUACCUCUAAAAAUAGUCGAGAAAUUGUGGUCAGUUCUCUUACCUGUCUGCUCAGAGAAAUAGGAGUUUCUAUGUGUAGAGUUAAUAUAUCUGCUGUCAAUGGAUUAUCGAAUUUUCAAUCUGCACAGCAUAUUGAUGACUUUGAAUGUCUGAGAACCGACUUCAGGGGUUUUAGGUCACAGAGGUCUCAUGGGGAUCUGUUAUCCUUGUAUUGUGUGGUAUGGAGAAAUGAGAUGCCCAGGAGAUAGAAUGCCAGACACCUCGGCGGUGACUUUUCUCAUUUUCACUACUGUAACAAAAUGCCCUGAAUUAAACAUGCAAAUGUUUUUCUCCCCUGUUGUGUCAGGGGAUCCUGUUAUGUCAUCACUACACGAUGUGGUAACAAAAUUUGUAAUUUAAAUGAGGGCUCUCUGCAUCCAGAGUUUGGUAACUCUGCUUGCCCAACAGAAAUUUUAUGUAUGUAUACCAACAAGGAAUUUUUCUUGGUUUCUGUGAAAUGUACAAAAGUCUAUGUUAAAUCAGUAUGGAGUGGAAACAUUUAAUGGAAUAAACAUAAAUGAAAUUAAUCACUAUGGAGAAAAUAAUGCAUCACAAGAAACCAGUACAGCCCCCCCAUUUCCGAUUUUUACAUUUGUAUAUCAAAACCAUUCUCAUGUGUGCUAAAAUGGGGUCAUGAUAGCUGGAAUUUGUGAAAGGUAAGAAUUUAAGAGUAUUACAAAUUUCAGUUGCUUUAGUUUCAAAUACACAUAAUAUCUCAAACAGGGCUAACAUUGUUAACUGUAUUAAAGAAGUGUAAUGAAGAUUAUAACUGGUCCAUUAAUUUUCUCUAUGUAAACAGAUCCUUGUAAAGGCUUCAAAGAUCAUGCAUGCUCUGGAAUAUUAAAUGCUGCCUUCCCAAGCCAACUCAAGCAAGACAAGUUAGGUGAAUGCCAUCCACUGUCUUACCAAAUGGUCUGCAAAGAUUAUGCAGGGUUCUGGACCAACAUAUCAAAUUUUUAGGUUUUCACUAACAUAGUUUUUGGCACCUGCUCAACACCGUUUACUGUACUUGCUACCACAAUUAUGUACCUCUGACUGUUGGGCAUCCAGUUCAAGUCCUUACCUUUAGCUGGAAAGUUAGUUUGAAGGUGUUACAACUUGACAUACUUUAUCAUUUUGUUCAUUCCAAAAAGAUGGCACAGUGAAGAUGCUCUGAAGGUGACCAGGAGAAAACGCUCACCCUUCUCUGGGUCAUGACCACCUGGCACUGUCAGAAAUUGGCUUAUGAUUCCCGGGCCUAUGUUUCAGCCCACCUCACAGACCUAGGCAAGCCUGGAGCAUGCACCCAUUCACGUGCCCUCAGAUCCAAGGGCCAGGCCCCAUAGCGGCAAAUGCAUUUAUUACAUCAGGUUCAUUCUGGAUAGUUCACGUGGUUUCAGUUUCUUUAGGCAAACUCAGGAUAGGUUUAACUGGGUAAGCUAUCACACGAAAAAAGAAAUUCUCAGUCUGGGUAAGCACCUGAGUCCCAGCGAUUCAAAAUGGAAGAGAUUCUUUGAUAAGCCUAAAGAAAGGUCAUCUCCUAUUCAAUGUUGUAAACUGCAACUAUUAACAGGUAUUUCAACUAUUUUUCCCUCCACAGCGUAUGCUCUGGAAAAAAGGAUUUUUAUUUAUCAGUAUAGUUUAAAUCAAGGCUGAUCAAAAUACAUUUUUUUAUUCUAACAACGUCCUUAGUCCACUUUUAUGCUAUAGUUUAUGCUAUAUAAUUAUGGGGAAUAAUUAACACCUCCUUCCUUAAUGUUUAUAAUUAUCUUUUCCCUUCGAGGAACAGCGCAAGCUGUUUGAGACUAUCCAAUUCCAAAUUAAAAUCAGCAUUAUUUCUUAAAAUGUACUUAAUCAGGAAAACAGAAGUUGUCUGUAUUGUCUUCGCACAAGCUGUCUGUAAAGUGGUGAGUUUAGAAUGAUCUGUUUGGGAAAAAUGAGAAACCUAAAGUAAAAUAUUGUGUUAAAAUAAGUUAGUAUUUGUGUACCUGAUUAAGUAAAAAAUAAAUCCUACUGAUGAGAUGUCAAAUUAAAACAAUUUG